AUGGAGAACAACACAGAGGUGACUGAAUUCAUUCUUGUGGGAUUAACUGAUGACCUAGAACAGCAGAUCCCACUCUUCAUAGUCUUCCUUUUUGUCUACCUCAUCACUCUGGUUGGGAACCUGGGGAUGAUUGAAUUGAUUAUAUUGGCCUCCUGUCUCCAUACCCCCAUGUACUUCUUCCUCAGUAACCUCUCCCUGGUGGACUUUGGUUAUUCCUCAGCUGUCACUCCCAAGGUGAUGGUGGGGUUCCUCACAGGAGACAAAUUCAUAUUAUACAAUGCUUGUGUCACACAAUUCUUCUUCUUUGUAGCCUUUAUCACUGUAGAAAAUUCCCUCCUGGCAUCAAUGGCCUAUGACCGCUAUGCAGCAGUGUGUAAACCCCUGCAUUACACCACCACCAUGACAACAAACGUAUGUGCUUGCCUGGCCAUAGGCUCCUAUGUCUGUGGUUUCCUGAAUGCACCCAUUCAUACUGGGAACACUUUCAGGCUUUCCUUCUGCAGAUCCAAUGUAGUUGAACACUUUUUCUGUGAUGCUCUUCCUCUCUUGGCUGUCUCAUGUUCAGACAACUACAUCAGUGAGAUGGUUAUUUUUUUUGUGGUGGGAUUCAAUGACUUCUUUUCUAUCCUGGUAAUCUUAAUCUCCUACUUACUUACAUUUAUCACCAUCCUGAAGAUGCGCUCAUCUGAAGGACACCAGAAGGCCUUUUCCACCUGUGCUUCCCAUCUUACUGCAGUUUCCAUCUUUUGUGGGACAGGCAUCUUUAUGUACUUAUGACCUAGCUCCAGCCAUUUCAUGGGCAUGGACAAAAUGGCAUCUGUGUUCUAUGCCAUAGUCAUUCCCAUGUUGAAUCCACUGGUCUACAGCCUGAGGAACAAAGAGGUUAAGAGUGCCUUUAAAAAGACUGUAGGGAAGGCAAAGGCCUCUAUAUGAUUCAUAUUUUAA